CUAAAACAUUGCUGAUUCCCGUACUUCUGCCCAGAACGACACUGAGAGACGAAUACAGGAUAUAUAAGAUUAUACGAAAGCUAUUUUGAACCUCAAUCAGCUGUUUUGUGACUUUCUGCACACAUAUAUAUAUAUAUAUACUAUGGUUGUGACCAUGGAUACGAAGAACGUCAUUUGUACUUUGGUGGGAGAUGGCAUGGUCGGUAAGACUUGUCUUGCCAAAGUGUUCGCGGACAAGGUUUUCCCUGACCAGUAUGUGGCCACUGUCCAGGACAGAUACAGCGGUCAAGCUUGGUUCGCUGGGGACCAAUACAGCAUCACUAUAACAGAUUCGGCUGGAGAGCAUGAAGGAAGUGACGUUCGGCGCAUGAGUUACUGCAAGUCUGACGUCAUCUUACUGUGUUACAGCGUUCUGGACCGAGAAUCGUACGACAGCUUGCGGACACACUGGUCACGUGAGGUAGGAAGCCUGGCCAAACGAUGUCCAGUCUUGGUGGUGGCUUUACAAACGGACAAGCGGACAACCAAACACGUCACUACAGAAGAGGGACGGAGGAUGACUAAAUCAGUCAAAGCUAAUGGGUUUAUCGAGUGCUCUGCGAGAAACGUUUCCAACGUCAAGGAUGUUUUCGAGAACGUUGUACGCAUGUGCCUCAAAAACAGGAAGCGGAAGGUAACCCUUUUGAAAAGGAUACUCGGACGCUGAGGAAACAAAGAUCCAAUCCCAGGAUUUUGCUAAAAUUUCCGAGGCUCAAAUGCCUCUCAAAAUCAAAGUCUGCAUUGUCCUCUCAAGGUCGUGUGCUGUUCAAGAUCAUACUGAAGAUCGCCUGAAACUGACCAACGGUCACUUUGGACAGUCGUCCCAGUUUCGUGAGCACGGGAGUUCAGUAUUUAACGACAUGACUAGAACUUUUCAGUUGCAGUGUUUAAGAAACUUGACAGUUCGGAAAAAACAUGACCUUUUCAACGAAGUGGGUCCAGGUACAAAAUGAAUUUUGAAAGUCUGAAAACCUAUGACUGAUGCUUUCAAUUUCCGGUCGCUGUCCAGGGGAGAAAUUGAUAUAUUUAAAGUGCGCUGCGAUGUAGAAAAUCUCCACAUACCCCCACUCGAUACAAAGAUGCUCCGGGGGUCGGGAGCGUGACGAGUGCGCGUGCCAUUUCUUAAUUACGCUGUACAUGCUACCGAUAUAGAGGGCGGGCCUCACUGAGCGUGAGAUGGAUAAUGACUUACGUGAUUUUAAUCACAGGGAUAAGUCUAUGUUGAAUGACCAGAGACAAGAGAACUGUUCUCUUCAACUUAUAAACACCCUGCGCUAAUACUAAGUCGGUUUCAUUUGUCGUAAACCUAUUCCAGAAUAAAAAGAAACAACAGAAAGAUA